AUGAUUGAAAUGUCACGGUAAAGAGGAACAUGAAAUGUAAACGCCAUGGCUGUUCUGCAACUCCAAAGUUACAAUAAUUCAAACAAAAAAUCACUGGAUGGAAAUAAAUCUUACGCUGAUGACAGUAACUUCAGCGACGCAAUGUCGUCGGACAGCGAUGAAGAUGUUAUGGAUGUUCAAGAACAAUUAAAGAAUAUUGAAAAUGUAAUCAGUUUAACUAGGGCUAAUAUUGAAGCCCUCAUUGCCAAGUUUGCUGAUUUCCAACAUCCUCCCGCUAUGUAUCUUAAAGAAUAUGACGACCUGACAUCAAAAUUACACGAAUUAGAAGAAAAUAAAAGAAAAUUAACAGAUCAAUUAAGUAAUGGAAGAGAAACCCCAGAUUUAAGUUUUAGCGAGCCACAACUUGAACAUAAUAAACAGAAAGUGCCGAGACCUCGUUUCUUGCGUGCAUUUUUGCCAAAUAAACAAAGAACUAGCGUUCAAGUUCGAGAAGGUUUGACACUGAGAAAAGCCUUAGCAAAAGCAAUGAAACUAAGAAAUUUAAGUUGUGAAAUGUGUGUGGUGUAUAUAGGCGACGCUGAGUCUAAAGUAACGGUGAACUGGAAUGUUGACAUUAGUACCUUACAGUGUGAUGUGAUUACUGUGAAAAUUUUAGAUAAAUUUCCUAUUCCUACUAGUAUAUCUCAUAAUUUUGUUAGAAAGACGUUUUUUUCAAUAGUGUUCUGUGAAUGUUGCCGAAGACUGCUUUUUCAAGGCUUUUAUUGUAGGACUUGUGGCUAUAAAUUUCAUCAAAGAUGCGCCGCUGGAGUUCCAUCAUUGUGCCAUCAGGUUCGGAUGGCAGAUGCUUACUACAGAGCCCUUCUAGCCCAGCCUCCAGAUUCCAGUGCAGGCAUUUUGCAUGCAGGACAGGCAGGUUUAAUUACUCGUCAAACAACCAGACAGCCAGGUUCUUUAGGUCAUCAGGAUAGGGCUAGUUCUGCACCUAAUGUGUGUUUGAAUAGUGUUAAAGGAUCUGGGGAAGAAUGCACCAGGCCAUUGCCUCUUCUAAAUAGGUCAGCACUGGAACAUGACUCUCCUCAUUGCAAGAGCACCCAGGCAUCGCCCACUGGUUCCCAUCAACCUAAAAGGCCCAGAGCGCGGUCAGCUGACGAAAGCAAACCGCUAUUGGCAGCUAGGGAAAGCAUAGAAGACUGGGAAAUUCCCGCAGAUGAGAUAUUGGUAGGCACCAGGGUAGGUUCGGGAUCAUUUGGGACGGUGUACAAAGCUCAUUGGCAUGGCCCCGUUGCAGUGAAGACAUUGAAUGUUAAAAUUCCGACGGUAGCACAGCUGCAAGCCUUUAAAAACGAGGUUGCCGUGCUACGAAAAACAAGACAUGUAAACAUCCUGCUAUUCAUGGGAUGUGUUAGCAAACCACAGUUGGCUAUUGUUACUCAGUGGUGUGACGGUUCUAGCUUGUACAAACAUUUGCACGUUUUGGAAACAAAAUUCUUGUUGUUUACUUUAAUUGAGAUUGGAAGACAAAUAGCACAAGGUAUGGAGUAUUUACAUGCCAAGAACAUAAUCCACAGAGACCUUAAGUCUAAUAAUAUUUUUUUACAUGAUGAUUUGACCGUAAAAAUAGGGGAUUUUGGACUGGCAACUGCCAAAACCAGAUGGUCAGGGUCGCAACAGUAUCACCAACCAACUGGUUCUAUCCUGUGGAUGGCGCCAGAAGUUAUCAGGAUGCAAGAGGAUAAUCCAUAUAGUUUUCAGUCUGAUGUCUACGCUUUUGGCAUUGUUAUGUUUGAAAUGUUGACGGGACAGUUGCCUUAUUCGCACAUAAAUAACAAAGAUCAAAUUUUGUUCAUGGUCGGCAGAGGUUACCUUAAACCGGACUUGUCAAAGUUGAGAACGGAUACUCCGAACGCCUUAAGAAGGUUGACUGAGCAGUGUAUAAAAUUUAACCGUGACGAGAGGCCUUUAUUCAGUCAAAUUCAUGCUUCAUUAGAAAACCUACUGAGGAACCAACCAAAAAUAAGCCGGUCGGCGUCGGAGCCCAAUAUGAACCGGACAACGCUAUCAGACGAUUUCACGUACAGCUGCGCGAGUCCUAACACGCCCGGUACAUACAAUAGCAAUUUCUUGUUUUAUGGUGGCGCGGGGAACAUUUAAACAUAUAAAAUGCUUACUAUUUGCUGCAGAUUCGGUAAUAAAAAUUAGUCUGGGUGAAGUGAACAAUUCAGACACCUAUGUUGGCAAUUUAAUUUUAGCAAUCGGUUUUUGAUACCGGCUAGCAAGAAUUCACAAUCCAACAAAUAUUUCAGAUGUGAUAUCACAGAAAAACUUUUACUUUUAUCGCGGAUAUUUAAAUUGAUUCCAAAUUUUGCUUUCAAAAUUAUUUAUUUGGGUUCUGUUCUUGUAUGCUUAUAAGUUAAGUAUGUAUAGCUUUGCAGCUAAGGAAAAUAGAAAGGCUUCAGCUGGUUUUGAUGAAAAAAAAAAACAAACUAGCGAUUUAGCGGUUUUAUUUCCUUACAGUUGUAAAGCAAAUUUGUGAAUGCAUACAUUCUUUUGGACGAAUGUGGGCAAUUUCUAAAAUUUGUGACAAGGCCUCACCUUAGAGCGGUCGCUAGAGCUUUUCUUGAACAGCUUUUAAUUUUAAUUUUUCCAAGAAACAUCCACAGGCUACUCUAAUACUAUUUACGCAGGAGGAAUGCAGAAUGCAGAUCGUUUCCAUGAUUUUGGAAAAACAAAUAAUUUUUUUGCUUUUUACUAAUUAGGACGUUUAUUUUAUCGAGCAGUUAUAUGGAACAAGAUGGAGAGGACAUUUAAUUAGUUAUUUCAACCGGAGCUUGUAGAAAUUGGUUUUGAACAUGGCCGCUGUCAGUUGAUAAAGUCCAUAGUUUUGUUUUCCACGUUGUUCCAUCUAAAUCAGAGAUUACCCACAUUUUCUGAUACCUUCCUAUGAAUAUGUUAUUGCAUCAUCAUUUUGAUCACAUUGAGUACUGCAAAAUUAUCAUAAAAAUUGCAAAUUGUAAAAAGUAUUUAUUGAUUUGAAUUUAAUUUUUUUAUAUUGAUAUGAUAAUGUUUUGUUUUAAUAAACUUAUUGAUC